AUGGCACCUCACUGGCUUGAGAAAGCCAAAUCCAAGGUUAUCAGGCCACGGCAGGCAGCUUCUCGAGACUCUACCCUGGCUCCCUCGUCACCAUCACCUUCACCUUCCCCGCCUCAGCUUCAAUGCGAACCAGUGACUCGAUUGACGUCUCAGCCGACGACCUCUCCACCCACUCCGACAGAUUCUGAAGCGUUGCCGCUGCCAAGCUUACAAGAGCGACUUUGGAAUCAGGCCUACGACGAGCUCAAAGCCGGCGGGCCUAAACUGGUCGAAGCUUACGAGAGGAUCUUAUCAGCUGAACUCCGCCGAAACGACUCGAGCUCUGUUGACACCGAACUGACGGAAAAGGAAAUAAGCAGCCGAGACACACGAUGCCACCAAAUGCAGCAGCUGGUUCAUGCUGGGCUGGAUCGGACGCAGAAGCAAGUGUCCAUCAAGCGAGGCAUCGACGAAGGCUUGCAAGCGGUGCAGGCGAUAAGGGCAAUGGUAGACAAGGCGGUUCAAGCUGCCCCAGAAGCCGCCGUGGCCUGGGUAGGCGUCUGCCUUGGACUAGAGAUCCUUUCAAACCCCGUUACUGAGUCACGCGACAAUCGCAAAGGCAUCGCCUACGUCCUGUCGAGAAUGGAGUGGUACUGGAACUUGGUGUCCCUACUUCUCGACGAGAACAAGGCCCGGUCAUCCGCCACAGGACUACAAGUUCAACUGAGGAAACACAUCGUGCAGCUCUACGAGAAACUGCUCUCGUAUCAAAUGAAAAGCGUCUGUCUUUACCGCCGCAAUUGGGCAGCAGUCAUCGGAAGGGAUAUGCUCAAACUUGACGACUGGGCUGGCCAGCUCAGGGAGAUUCAGGAAGCCGAGGCUGCUGUGCAAAGAGAUAUGGAACAAUACAAUACGGAAGAGAGCAAGGAACGAUUCCGGAAACUCACCGACAUCGCCAGCACUAUGGAAAUGAAUCUUCAAGACAUCCAUUCGGCCAUCCAGGACCAAACUCAGCAGCAGGAGAGGAGACACCAGGAUGACAGGGACAAGCAAUGUCUGAAAGACCUGCGUGAGACUGACCCUCGCGAUGACAAGACGCGCAUCCAAGAUACAAAGGGCGGCCUGCUCCGGGACUCGUACCGCUGGAUUCUCGACAACAACGACUUCCAGCGAUGGCGUGACGACCCGCAGAGCCAGCUGCUCUGGAUCAAUGGCGAUCCUGGCAAGGGCAAGACGAUGCUUCUGUGCGGUAUCAUCGACGAGCUCCAGAAGGAACCCAGCUUUCGCCUAUCCUAUUUCUUUUGUCAGGCCACAGAGGCUCAACUGAACAAUGCAACGUCUGUGCUGCGCGGCCUUAUCUACUUACUCGCCGUCCAGCAACCGUCACUUAUAUCACAUGUUCGGGCUAAGUAUGACGUCGCAGGUGAAAGGAUGUUCCAAGGUAUAAAUGUCUGGGUAUCUUUGGCUGGGAUCCUUACGGAUAUACUAGGUGAUCCGACCUUGAAAGAUGCAAUCUUAGUCGUUGACGCUCUUGACGAGUGCAGUAGCGGUCGAUCCCAGCUUCUGGAUUUCAUAAUUCAAUCAUCCUCGAUUUCUUCAUCCCGCGUCAAGUGGAUUAUAUCCAGUCGCAACUGGCCUGAUAUCGAAGAAAAACUGGAUAAUGCGAGGCAUAAGGCCAGGAUGCACCUUGAGUUAAACCAGUACUCGGUCUCCAAUGCUGUUGAUAUUUACAUCGGGUUUAAGGUGGACCAGUUGGCGCAGAACAAGAGGUAUGAUCAGGAAACAAAGGAUGCUGUUCAACGUUACUUGACUCGCAAUGCCGACGGUACAUUCCUGUGGGUCGCCUUGGUUUGUCAAGAGCUCGCAGAACCUAAGAUCCGAAAACGGCAUACACUCUCUAGGUUGAAGUCAUUCCCUCCAGGACUUGAUGCUCUCUAUAGCCGAAUGAUGGAGCACAUCGACGAGUCGGAAGAUGCGGACCGUUGCAAGGAAGCCUUGGCUAUCGUUUUGGUUGUAUAUCGGCCUAUCACCCUAGAGGAACUGAAGGUUCUGAUUGAGUCGCCCGAGGACCUCGACAAGGGCGAGUUGGAGGAGAUCAUUAAGGACUGUGGCUCUUUUCUGACACUUAGGGAAGAUAUUAUCUACCUUGUGCAUCAAUCAGCCAGAGAUUUUCUGCUUCAUAGGGCAUCCGAUAAGAUCCUACCAGAUGGCAUGAUGCCGCUGCAUCAUGCUAUCUUCUGUAGGUCGCUUAAGGCUCUGUCCAAUACGCUACGACGUAACAUUUACAGUCUAGACAAUCCAGGAUUCCCUAUUGAUCAAACCUCAACAUCAGGCCCUGACCCAUUAUCCUCGAUCCGAUAUCCUUGUAUCUACUGGGUUGACCAUCUCAGCAACUCCGGUCCCGCAGAGGAAACAAGAGAAAAGGACUUACAGGAAGGUGGCGUUGUGGAUAACUUCCUACGAGAGAAGUAUCUGUGCUGGCUAGAAUGUCUGAGCCUGUUACGCAGUAUGUCAGAGGGGGUCGUGGCAGUGGAUAAGCUCCAGAAUAUAGCAAGAAGGACGGAAUCACGACGACUAACAGAACUGCUUCAAGAUGCGUACCGCUUCGUUCUUUCUCACAAGCCAGCUAUAGAGAUUGCUCCGUUGCAGGUCUAUACAUCAGCCCUUGUAUUUAGUCCUGCUCGCAGCCUAGUCAGAGAGCUUUUCAAGAACGAAGAGCCGGACUGGAUUACAGUAAAGCCGAGCAUGGGGUCGGACUGGAAUACUUGCCUGCAGACGCUUGAGGGUCAUAGCGAUCCAGUAUACUCAGUCGCGUUCUCGGCGGAUAGCCAGCGGCUUGCAUCAGGCUCAGAUGAUAAAACAAUCAAGAUCUGGGAUGCAGCAACAGGCGCAUGCUUGCAGACACUUGAGGGCCAUAGUAAUUCAGUAAGCUCGGUUGUGUUCUCGGCGGAUGGCAAGCGCCUCGCAUCGGGUUCAUACGAUAACACAAUCAAGAUCUGGGAUACAGCAACGGGUGCAUGCCUGCAAACGCUUGAGGGAUAUAGCUAUUCAGUGAUAUCGAUCGUAUUCUCAGUGGAUGGCCAGCGGCUUGCAUCAGGUUCACAUGAAGAAACAAUCGACAUCUUGGACAUAGCAACAGGCGCAUGCCUGCAGACGCUUAAGGGCCAUAGUGAUUCAGUAUACUCAGUCGCGUUCUCGGCAGAUGGUCAGUGGCUCGCAUCGGGUUCAUAUGAUGAGACAAUCAAGAUCUGGGAUGCAGCAACAGGUGCAUACCUACAGACGCUUAAGGGCCAUAGCGGGGGGGUAUAUUCAGUUGUGUUCUCAGCAGAUAGCCAGUGGCUCGCAUCAGCUUCAUAUGAUGAGACAAUCAAGAUCUGGGAUACAGCAACAGGCGAAUGCCUGCAGACGCUUGAGGGUCAUAGCGAUCCAGUACACUCAGUCGCGUUCUCGGCGGAUAGCCAGCGGCUUGCAUCAGGCUCAGAUGAUAAAACAAUCAAGAUCUGGGAUGCAGAAACAAAUGCAUGUCUGCGGACGCUUGAGGGCCAUAGUGAAGAAGUCAGCUCGGUUGUGUUCUCAGCGGAUGGCAAGCGCCUCGCAUCGGGUUCACAUGAUAAAACGAUCAAGAUCUGGGAUAUAGUACCAGGUAUAUACCUUCAGACACACGAGGGCCAUAGUGGCCCAGUAAAGUUCAUUGUAUUCUCAGCGGAUGGCCAGAGGCUCGGAUCAGCCUCGGAUGAUAUGAAAAUCAAGAUAUGGGAUGCAGCAACAAAUACAUGCCUACAGACGCUUGAGGGCCAUAGUGGAGAGGUAACCUCGGUUGUAUUCUCAGCGGAUAGCCGGCGGGUCGUAUCUGGAUCACUUGAUGGGACAAUCAAGAUCUGGGAUGCAGAAACAGGCUCAUGCCUACAGACGCUUGAGGGCCACCGCGAGGGGGUGAAGUGGGUUAUAUUCUCAGCGGAUAGCGAGAAGCUUGCAUCAGUUUCAGAUGACGAGACAAUCAAGAUCUGGGAUGCAGUAAUAGGUGAAUGCCUACAGACGCUUGAGGGCCAUAGAGAUUGGGUAAGGUCGGUCACAUUCUCAGCAGAUGGCCAGCGGCUGGCAUCAGUUCUAGACGAUGACACAAUCAAGAUCUGGGAUUCAUCAACAGGCGCAUGCCUACGCAAGCCUAACGGCCAUAGCAAGGCAGUAAGCUCGGUCGUAUUCUCAGCAGAUGGCAAGCGGCUCGCAUCGGGUUCAUAUGAUGAGACAAUCAAGAUCUGGGAUGCGGCAACAGGUGCAUAUCUGCAGACGCUCGAGGGUCAUUUUGAUUCAGUAUACUCAGUCGCGUUCUCAGCGGAUAGCCAGCGGCUCGCAUCGGGUUCACUUGAUAAAACAAUCAAUAUCUGGGAUGCAGCAACAGGCGCAUGCUUACGGACGCUUGAGGGCCAUGAUGACGGCGUAUACUUAGUUAUAUUCUCAGCGGAUGGCCAGUGGGUCGCAUCAAGUUCAUGUGAUGAGACAAUCAAGAUAUGGGAUAUAGCAACAGGCACAUGCCUGCAGACGCUUGAGGGUUAUUGUGGUUGGGUAUACUCAGUCGUGUUCUUAUCGGAUGGUCAGAGGCUCGCAUCAACUUCGGGCGAUAAUACAAUCAAGAUCUGGGAUACAGCAACGGGUGCAUGCCUACAGAUGCUUGAGGGCUAUAGUGAUGGGAUAAGCUCGGUCGUAUUCUCAGCAGAUGGCAAGAGGCUUGCAUCGGGUUCGGGUGAUAACGCAAUCGAGAUCUGGGAUACAGCAACAGGCGCAUGCCUGCAGACGCUUAAGGGCCAUGGAGACAGGACAUACCUGGUAGUAUUCUCAGCGGAUGGCCAGUGGCUCGCAUCAGCUUCAGGUGAUAAGACAAUCAAGAUCUGGGAUACAGCAACAGGUGUAUGCCUGCAGACACUUGAGGGCUACAACGAGAUAGUGAGCUCAGUCAUGUUCUCAGCGGAUGGCCAGCGGCUCGUAUCGGGUUCAUAUGACAAAAUAAUUAAGAUCUGGGAUGCGGCAAGAGGCACAUGCCUACAGACACUUGAAGGUCAUGGCGACAGGGUACAUUCAGUCGUGUUCUCAAUGGAUGGUCAGAGGCUAGCAUUUGUUUCGGGUGGAAAGAAAAUCAAGAUUUGGGAUACAGCAACAGGCGCAUGCCUGCAGACGCUUGAGGGCCAUAGCAGCUGGGUAUGCUCAGUUGUGUUCUCAGUGGAUGGCCAGCAGGUUGCAUCAGGUUUACAUGAUAAAACAAUCAGAAUCUGGGAUGCAGGAACAGGCACAUGCCUACAGGCGCUUGAGGGCCAUGAUGAAGAAGUAAGCUCAGUUGCAUUUUCAGCGGUUGGCCAGCAGGUCGCAUCAGGUUCACUUGAUAAAACAGUCAAGAUCUGGGAUACAACAACAGGCGCAUGCCUGCAGACACUUGAGGGCCAUAGUAGCUGGGUAUGCUCAGUUGUGUUCUCAGUGGAUGGCCAGCAGGUUGCAUCAUGUUCACAUGAUAAAACAAUCAGAAUCUGGGAUGCAGGAACAGGCACAUGCCUACAGGCGCUUGAGGGCCAUGAUGAAGGGGUGAGCUCAGUCAUAUUGUCGGCAGAUGGCCAGAGGGUCGCAUCAGGUUCACGUGAUAACGCAAUCAAGAUCUGGGAUGCAGCAACAGGUGUAUGUCUGCAGACACUCGGGGAACAUUGCUCUCCAGUAGACUCGUUCGUGUUCUCGGCAGAUGGCCAGCGGCUCGCGUCGGUAUCAAACGAGGAGACAAUCAAGAUCUGGGACGUAGCAUCGGGCACAUGCCUGCAGACGCUUGAGGGCCAUAGUAGUUGGGUAUACUCAGUUAUGUUCUCAGCGAAUGGCCAGUGGCUCUCAUCGAGUUCGGGUGAUAAGAAAAUCAAGAUCUGGGAUGCAGGAAUAGGCGCAUGCCUCCAGAUGCUCGGGGAACAUGGCCCUCUCCCCUCUACUGACAUUGGAAUUUUAAACCCGGAUCUAAUGCCUGUUAUCGGUUAUCAGUCGAGUGAGACCGCUCCACGAGGCGUUAGUCACCCUGGUUAUGCUCUUAGCAGUGAUAAUAUAUGGGUUGUGAAAGAUGGGAAGAGUAUCCUUUGGCUACCUCCGGAGUAUCGAGCCUCUGCAUCUGUCGUAAUGGAAUCAACAGUCGCUAUCGGCUGCCAUUCAGGUCGUGUACUGGUGAUGAAGUUCUCUUCUUGCCAGUAG